UUGUCUGGGUCCUCUCAGUGGCCAGAGAACAGAAAGAAAUUCUGACUGUGCAUGAGCGAAGGGUGAAACCAAGAGUGCCACACAGGCCUGGAGGCACCUGUUCAGGGGCAGCCUGAAGAUUCUCUUUCCUGUCGGAGACUCCAAAUCGAAUAAAUAGAAAAAAACUAUCCAAGAUGACUGUCACUUACUCCAGUAAAGUUGCCAAUGCGACUUUUUUUGGAUUUCAUAGGUUACUCCUCAAGUGGAGAGGCAGCAUCUACAAACUACUGUACAGGGAAUUUAUUGUUUUUGCUGUUUUUUACACAGCAAUAAGUUUGGUGUACAGAUUGUUACUUACAGGAGCCCAAAAACGUUACUUUGAAAAAUUAUCAAUUUACUGUGACAGAUAUGCUGAACAAAUUCCAGUAACCUUUGUGCUUGGGUUUUAUGUUACACUGGUAGUGAACCGAUGGUGGAACCAGUUUGUGAACCUGCCCUGGCCAGACAGGCUGAUGUUCCUCAUCUCCAGCAGUGUUCACGGCAGGGACGAGCAUGGGCGCCUGCUCAGAAGGACCCUGAUGCGCUAUGUCAAUCUCACAUCCCUGCUCAUCUUCCGCUCGGUGAGCACAGCUGUGUACAAAAGGUUUCCAACAAUGGACCACGUGGUGGAAGCAGGUUUUAUGACAGCAGAUGAAAGAAAAUUAUUUGACCACCUCAAAUCUCCUCACCUGAAAUACUGGGUUCCAUUCAUCUGGUUUGGAAAUCUCGCCGCUAAAGCCCGGAAGGAAGGUAGAAUCAGAGACAGUGUUGAUCUGCAAUCAUUGAUGACUGAAAUGAACCGAUACCGAUCUUGGUGCAGUCUCUUAUUCGGUUACGACUGGGUCGGGAUCCCGCUGGUUUACACCCAGGUAUCAAGUGCUGUGCACGUGACUUUUGUUUCUGCGUGCCCACUGUGGCACUUGCUGGGGUGGCCAGAGCCAUGCUCUCACUUGGAUUUCUCUCUGUUCCAGGUCGUCACCCUGGCCGUCUAUACCUUCUUCUUUGCGUGCCUGAUUGGACGCCAGUUUUUGGAUCCCACCGUAGGCUACGCGGGGCAUGAUUUAGAUCUUUACAUUCCAAUCUUUACUCUUCUACAGUUCUUCUUCUAUGCAGGAUGGCUCAAGGUAGCUGAGCAGCUUAUCAACCCUUUUGGAGAAGACGAUGAUGAUUUUGAAACUAACUGGUGCAUUGACAGAAAUUUGCAGGUCUCUCUUUUAGCUGUGGAUGAAAUGCACAUGAGCUUACCCAAGAUGAAGAAGGACAUCUACUGGGACGAUUCUGCCGCUCGGCCACCGUAUACGCUGGCAGCUGCUGACUACUGUAUUCCUUCAUUCUUGGGGUCAACAGUCGAAAUGGGGCUGCCUGCGUCCGAUUUCCCUGGGGACGAGUGGCUGUGGGACUAUGAGAAGCACGGCCAUCGCCAUUCCAUGAUCAGAAAAGUCAAGAGGUUCCUGAGUGCCCACGAACACCCCUCCAGCCCCAGGAGCAGGAGCUAUGGGAGGCAGGUCAGCGAGAGCUCCAUGUUCUUCCCCCAGAGGGACCUCAGCCCCACCAAGGAUCUGCUGGAUGUGCCCUUGAGGGGCCCCCACCGUGCCUCAGCCUCCCGGAAGCAGUUGUCCCCAGAGGGGAGCCCCAAGCUGUACUCCAGCCUGGGGGAGCUGUCCACAAUCAGGGAGACCAGCCGGACGAGCACCUUACAGAGCCUGACCCCGCAGUCCAGCGUGAAGGCCUCCCCCACCAAAAUGCCACAGGUCCCCGAGGUGCGGAUCACAGCACCAGGGCCCUCCGUGGACGACCACCACCGGGACUCCACUGCCUCUACCCAGAGCCUUGAGUUCACCGGGGUUCAGCCAAGCAGCACUGGGCAGCAGGAGGACCCCGAGGGACUGAUGCUGUUCCCCUCAGGGGAGGGGACACCUCUUCAAGGCCCCAGUCCCCAGGCUGUUUCAACCCAAGCUGAGAAGAACAUCUUCAAGCUUGCCGCUGAGGAAGACCCCUUUGAGAACGACAAGUUCCCGAAAAGGUGGAGCCUCCCAGGGUUCCUGGAGUCCAGCCACACCUCGCUGGCGGGCCGGAGCCCGGAGCCCGUGAACCCGGAGCCGACCCUUUUACUUGACACAGAAACAUCCUCAGAGACCAGUGGCAUCACCUUUGUGGCUGGCUCCCAGGCCUCUCCUGACGUGCGGUAUUUAAUGGAAAACCUGGACACCAAGGAAACGGACAUUGUAGACUUUAACAACGAGCAAACAGAGGCAUCUCUCAGAAGAAUGCCAGAAAGUUCCAAGAUCGGGUUCUAGUCUAAAUUCUUAUUUUCCCAAAAGUUCAACUUUAGUUCCAGAACAUACCUGCGGGCUGGUUAAUUUUUUAAAAAACAAUCAUACUAUAUAAGCUAUUUAAAUCUUUGAAGGGCAUUAUAAUCCUGAGUUUUUCAGAACUAAUAAAAUCAAGCUCAUUCAUGUCAUUUGGCACAAAGCGGUUUUCAUGGGCACUGCACAGACCACAGUGAUCUCUCUUAACCAAAUAAGCCAUCUUAAAUAUGUGUACGAUUUAUGAAUUCACAGGUUGUUAGCUUUAGAAAGCAUCUUAUAGAUCAUAACCCAACCCCCUAGUUUUGC